AUGGUGGAGAAAUUCGAUCUCCACAACAGUUUUUUGAUCAACAUGAUGUAUGAGAAACGAGACAAGUGGGCUCAAUCAUUUUUCAGGAACCAUUUUAUGGCUCGCAUGAGAAGCACGCAGAGGUGUGAGGGCAUGAAUAGGUUCAUCAAAGACUCUAUUAGGAGCGGCAUGAAACUGCUCGAAGUCGUUCUGAGGAUGGACCGAGCACUCAUGAGAUUGAGAAACAAUCAAGUAAGGGAUGACUUUAAAACUAUGAACUCAACCCCUGUUCUCGAAACUCACCUGAAAGACUUGGAGAAUCAUGCAGCUUCUAUAUACACAUAUGAUAUGUUUAAGUGGGUUAGGAAGGAGAACCAAGCCACACUAGGACAAGGACCAGAGUACUUUGAAGAUGGGCACCGUGUUUACACAAUGUCAACUUACAAGCGGCCUGAUUUUGAGCACAAUGUAGUUUACUACCAUGGGAAAAACACUGAAAGUGCAACAGACCCGAUCAUGGUAUGUUCUUAUAACUUGUUUCAGUAUAGGGGAGUCUCAUGUCGUCACACGUUCACAGUGAUGAAAUACAAACACAUCAAUGAGAUUCCAAAGUCACUGAUUGUGAAGAGAUGGUCGAAGUCUGCUAGCGAUGUGUGUUCAAUCAAAUAUCAAGAACAAGAUAUUUCCAAAGAAGCCCUAGAAGUUAGUAGGUAUGGUGCUGUGAGUGCUUAUUGCAACCGAAUGUGUUUUUAUGCUUUGAAGACGAAAGUAGGGUACAACAUGUUGAAAAGAGAGAUAAAUAGAUUGACAGCAAUAAUGGAAGGGUUGUCGAGAGACUGUGAACAGGUUCAAAGUAUAGCUAUACCGAAGAGUAAAGGUUGUGUUUUAAGAGAUCCUAUCACCGCUAUGACCAAAGGUAGAGAAGCCAAAAGCGACAAAAAGAAUGAGCCAUCCAAACGACCUAUUACUUGUAAUUAUUGCAAAGGUCUUGGCCACAAUACUCAAACAUGUGAAGAUAGGAAGGAGAAAGAAGCUGAGAAGAGAGGCGGCAAAAAAGCUGAAAAGACAAGCGGCGAAGGAAGCAACACUCCUUGGAAUGCAACACCUGCGAAAAGAUCCAUUCAUUGUAGUAGAUGCAAAGGUGCUGGGCACACAUAUCGUACAUACAAAAAGGGGACCUCAUUGUGA